AUGUCUCCCAUCUACGCUUUCCUAAUGAACGGUACACUACCCACCGACAAAUCCCUUGCUAGGAAGCUGCGGUAUCGAUCGGCAAGGUAUACAGUCAUCAAUGAUGUCCUGUACAGACGAGGGUUUACCACGCCGUAUCUAAAAUGCAUCACUACUGAACAAGAGGACUACGUCCUUCGGGAAAUCCACGGUGGCGUUUGCGGCGACCAUUCCGGAUCCCGAUCCCUAGCUAGCCUUUCGACAGGGGUACUACUGGACGGCUAUGCAUCAGGAUGCACACACGUUAGUGAAAAAGUGCGACAAAUGUCAACGGUUCAGUAA